AUGUCUCUUCGCUUGUUGGGUGCCCCAACCACAACGCACGCCGCCUUCGCUGCCAGCUAUAGGUAUUGUCUUCUCUCUCGGAUCCGCACUAUUAUGUCUCACCGCCCCAACUUCCAAGGAGGCCGUCGCGGCGGAGGUCCGGCUGGCGGUCGCGGCCGCCGUGGACGUGGCGGCGGCCGCGGCGGAGGAGGAGGUGGAGGAGGAGGAGGAGGACGCGGCGAGCAGCGGUGGUGGGACCCCGCCUGGCGCGCCGAGCGCCUGAGACAACAAGCAGCCGAGAUGGAGGCCCUGGAUGAGAACGAGUGGUGGGGCAAGAUGGAACAGAUGAAGAGAGGCGGAGAGCAGGAGAUGGUAUUCAAGCGUAAUUAUAGUCGGGCAGACCAGCAGAUUUUGUCUGAUAUGGCUUAUGAAUUGGGGCUUUACUUCCAUGCAUAUAACAAAGGGAAGACACUUGUUUUGAGUAAAGUUCCAUUGGCAAAUUACCGUGCGGAUCUUGAUGAUGUUCAUGGUUCCACCCAGAAAGAGAUACGAAUGACCACAGAUAUUGAGAGAAGAGUUGGGAGUUUAUUGAAUAGCUCAAAAGGGGCAGUGUCAGCAGACAAUUUUCCAAGUGCAUCCUCUCAAGGGUCUAAACAAGUAGUGCAUGGUGUAGAUAUUACAAAGACCGAGUCUUCAUUUGAAACUGAUAUUGACAAGGAGAGGCUUAAUCUUGAACUUAAAGAAAGACAAGAGAAAAUGAAGGCACGUGAUAAUGUAAGGGCAAUGCUGUCAUUCAGAGAAAAGCUGCCUGCAUUCAAAGUUAAAUUCAAGUUUUUAAAAGCUGUUGCUGAAAAUCAGGUAUUAGUCGUUUCUGGAGAGACAGGCUGUGGCAAAACCACACAGCUUCCUCAAUUUAUUCUCGAGGAGGAGAUAUCUUCCCUACGUGGUGGCAAUUGCAACAUUAUGUGCACUCAACCUCGUCGUAUAUCUGCUAUAUCUGUUGCAGCUCGAAUAUCCUCUGAAAGGGGUGAAAAUCUAGGUGAAAGUGUUGGUUACCAGAUCCGCCUGGAAUCACAACGCACAGCUCAAACACGGUUACUAUUUUGCACCACCGGAGUAUUGCUUCGGCAGCUGGUUCAAGACCCAAAUUUAAAUGGAGUAAGCCAUUUGCUAGUGGAUGAAAUUCAUGAAAGAGGCAUAAAUGAGGAUUUCCUCUUAAUAAUUUUGCGUGACCUCCUCCCCCGUCGUCCAGAUCUUCGACUUAUUCUAAUGAGUGCCACCAUUAAUGCUGAUUUAUUCUCCAAAUACUUUGACAAUGCCCCAACUAUUCAUAUCCCGGGGCUGACUUUCCCAGUGUCGGAGUUGUUUCUAGAAGAUGUGCUGGAGAAAACUCAAUAUAGAAUCAAAUCUGAAUCUGACAACUUCCGAGGGAGUUCAAGGAGGAGGAAGAGAGAACAAGAGUCUAAGAAAGAUCCUUUAACUGAAUUGUUCGAGGACGUUGAUAUUGAUUCUCAGUACAAAAGCUACAGCACGAUUACAAGGCAAUCUCUCGAAGCUUGGUCUGGCGCACAACUUGAUCUAGGUCUUGUGGAAUCAGCAAUUGAGUAUAUCUGUCGUCAUGAAGGUGAUGGAGCCAUUCUUGUAUUUCUCACUGGAUGGGAUGACAUUUCUAAGCUUCUUGACAAAGUCAAAGUGAACAGUUUUCUUAGAGAUCCCAGCAAGUUUCUUGUCCUUCCUCUUCAUGGUUCAAUGCCUACCAUAAAUCAACGUGAAAUAUUUGAUCGCCCACCAUCUAAUGUGAGAAAGAUUGUGCUAGCAACAAAUAUUGCUGAGAGCAGUAUAACCAUUGAUGAUGUUGUAUACGUAAUAGACUGUGGAAAGGCAAAGGAGACUAGUUAUGAUGCACUAAAUAAGCUGGCUUGUCUGCUGCCAUCAUGGAUAUCAAAGGCCUCUGCACAUCAGAGGCGUGGUCGUGCCGGGCGUGUGCAACCUGGAGUUUGUUAUAGAUUGUAUCCAAAGUUGAUCCAUGAUGCAAUGCCCCAGUAUCAACUGCCAGAAAUUCUUCGAAUGCCUCUCCAAGAGCUAUGCUUGCAUAUUAAAAGUUUGCAGUUUGGAGCUAUUGGAUCAUUCCUUGCAAAGGCUCUUCAGCCUCCUGAUCCUCUCUCUGUUCAGAAUGCAAUUGAGCUUCUAAAAACAAUCGGGGCUUUAGAUGAUGGGGAAGAGCUCACUCCACUUGGACGCCACCUAUGUACGCUACCUUUGGACCCAAAUAUUGGGAAGAUGCUUCUCAUGGGUUCAAUCUUUCAAUGCCUUAAUCCUGCACUGACAAUUGCUUCUGCCCUGGCACACCGGAACCCGUUUCUCCUUCCAAUUGACAGGAAAGAGGAAGCUGAUGAUGCUAAGAGAUCAUUUGCUGGUGAUUCUUGCAGUGAUCACAUUGCACUUCUCAAAGCUUUUGAGGGAUGGAAGGAUGCAAAACGUUAUGGCAAGGAAAAAGCCUUCUGUUGGGAAAAUUUCCUUUCUUCAGUGACAUUGCAAAUGAUGGAUGAUAUGAGACUCCAGUUUCUGGAUCUACUGACAAGCAUUGGCUUUGUUGAUAAAUCCAGAGGCGCUAAUGCUUAUAACCAAUAUAGUAAUGAUUUGGAGAUGGUAUGUGCAAUCCUCUGUGCUGGACUUUACCCCAACGUUGUGCAGUGUAAAAGAAGAGGAAAGCGGACGGCAUUCUACACCAAAGAAGUUGGAAAAGUCGACAUUCAUCCUGCAUCUGUGAAUGCAGGAGUUCAUCUUUUCCCCCUCCCUUACAUGGUCUAUAGCGAAAAGGUGAAGACGAGCAGCAUAUACAUCAGAGAUUCCACAAACAUAUCGGACUAUGCUCUACUAAUGUUCGGUGGCAAUCUCAUUCCUAGCAAAACCGGUGAAGGUAUUGAAAUGCUUGGCGGGUAUCUUCAUUUCUCUGCUUCAAAGAAUGUGUUGGAGUUGAUACGGAAAUUGCGAGGGGAACUCGACAAGCUCUUAAACAGAAAGAUCGAGGAACCAGGGUUCGACAUAUCUGCCGAGGGAAAGGGAGUAGUUGCUGCUGUGGUUGAGCUACUCCAUGCUCAUAAUGUGGGGCAUUGACAUGUCUACUUCUGGAGGGCUCUGUUUCAGGAAUGACAGCCCCGGGAUAUUUUCUUAAUCAUAUGGUAGUUCCUACCAGUCUUGGCCAUCUUCUGUAAUAAGUCUAGCUUUUGUUGAGAAAUGUAACAUUGGUGGAAUCACAGGGUUUUCCUUGGAAACACCGUUGUGCAACUGUUUUAAUCUCUUUUGUUGUACCUCACUCGUAUGCUCCUAUCCUAUUCUAAUCCAAUCUAAUCAAUUUAAUUA